UAUAUUGAGAAAUUUGAAAGAUUUUGUCAAAUUGUGCAAAUCAGAGUGUUUUAGUCUUAAUCCCCCUCCAACCUCCUCUCCUUUUUUUUCCUGGAAGAAAGCUAAGUUUAGAUGUUUAAACAUAAAACUUCAUUCUAUGACUCUUGAAAAUCUGGGUUCAAAGUGUUUGAAAAUUAAAACAGUGGCUGUAACUGCAUGUUUUAUAGCAUUGAGGUAGUUAUACUUUGAAAUUGUUUCAGAAAACAAGGCAAAUUAUUUGUAUUUUAUUUAUUUUUAUUUUAUUUUUAUAACUUUUAUUUAUUUAUUUAUUUAUUUAUUUAUUUAUUUAUUUAUUUAUUUAUUUAGAGAGGGGAGAAGGCCACCAGAAGAGAGAGAGAGAAUCUCAAGCAGGCUCCAUGCUCAGCGCAGAGCCUGACCUGGGGCUCAAUCUCAGGACCCUGCAAUCAUGACUUGAGCCAAAAUCAAGAGUCGGACACUUAACCAACUGAGCCACCCAGGCGCCCCUUAAACAAGAGAGAGAACAAUCAGGGGGAGCUGUGGAGGAAGAGGAAGAAGCAGGCUCACCACCGAGCCGGGAGCCAGAUAUGGGGACUCCCACCAAAGCUGGCUCAUAUGAGCUCUUCCUGGAAGUGUGCAGUCCUGAAGACAGGCUGGGCAGCCAGUGGCCUAGGGAUUUUGGAAUGAUCUCUAAUGAGUCAGGUGUUGGGGUCCCUGAGGAAAUUUUCCAGUGCAUCCUGGCUGUCUCAGCAUUUCUCAGCAGAACCCAUUGAGAAGAAGGAAGAGAACAACAUGAAGAAGAAGGAGCAGCUAAAGGAGCGCCUCAGUGCCUGGGACUGUCCUCAUGGCCCAGUUGGUUUACACAACAUUGGACAGACCUGCUGCCUUAACUCCCUGAUUCAGGUAUUAAUUAUGAAUGUGGGCUUCACCAAGAUAUUGAAGAGGAUAACAGUACCAAGGGGAACAGAAGAGCAGAGGAGAAGUGUCCCCUUCCAGUUGCUCUUGCUACUGGAGAGGAUGCAGGACAGCCGGCAGAAAGCAGUGCAACCUAUGGAGCUUGCCUACUGUCUCCAGAAGUACAAUGUUCCAAUGUUUGUCCAGCAUGAUGCUGCUCAACUCUACCUCACAGUCUGGAACCUAAUUAAGGACCAAAUCACAGAUGUGGACUUGGUAGAGAGGCUGCAGGCCCUGUAUACAAUCCAGGUGAAGGAGUCCUUGGUUUGCCUUGAAUGUACUGUGGAGAAGAGCAGAAACAGUAGCAUGUUGACCCUCCCCCUUCCUCUUUUUGAUAUGGACUCAAAACCCCUGAAAACACUGGAGGAUGCCCUUCGAUGUUUCUUCCAGCCCAAGGAGUUAUCAGGCAAAAGCAAAUGCUUCUGUGAAAAAUGUGGAAAGAAGACUUGUGGGAAACAGGUCUUGAAGCUGACCCAUUUGCCCCAGACCUUGACAAUCCACCUCUUGCGGUUCUCCAUCAGGAAUUCUCAGACAGAAAAGAUCUGCCACUCACUCGAUUUCCCCCAGAGCUUGGAUUUAAGUCAGGUCCUGAUUGAAGAAGAUCUCUGCAAUGCUGAGGAACAACUUGGAAGACAGUACGAGCUCUUUGCUGUGGUUGCCCAUGUGGGGGCAGCUGAUUUUGGUCAUUACUGUGCCUAUAUCCAGAAUUCUGUGGAUGGAAAAUGGUUCUGCUUCAACGAUUCCAGUGUUUCUUGGGUAUCCUGGGAAGACAUCCAGUGUACUUAUGGAAAUCAUAACUACCGCUGGAGAGAAACUGCUUAUCUUCUGGUUUACAUGAAGAUUGAGUCCUAAGGGAUGUUCCCUAAACCUUCAGAGACUGACAAAGUUUCAUUUUCCUUUCUAUCCCUGGAUCUGCUGACUCUUGCAAGAGAUUUUGCAGUGAGAAGAAGCCUCAUUUUCAAAUUGUGUAGUUAAACUAUAUAUAAUAAGGGGUAAUUAUUGAAAUAUCUUGAUCAGUCAGAAUAUGGCCAUAUGGCUGGGGCAGGGACCUGAGUGCUCCCCGCUGUGGAAGACAUUAAUUCUUUAGUUAGGGGAGUGCGGGAGCCCAGAUGUUCCUGGGGGAGGAGAAAACAGGCCAACAAUGGUAGUGGGAGGCAUUCAGGUGGCAAGGAGCAUUGGUAGGGAAGUAUUUCAGUAUUUUAGCCAGUAUGAUGGUAUGGUAUGUACUGGCAGAAUAUGAUUUUUGUUUAUAAUUUAAAACAACUUUAGAACCCAUAUCAGUUCUGUAAAAGUCAAGUGUUUUGUCACUGUUAUUCAUUUAUGUGACAAAUAUGUAUUGAUCACCUACUCUCCAUAAGAUAGUGUGGUAGGCACCAUCGUGAAUAAAGUUCUUUUUCUCAAAA